CUCCGCGACGCGAGUUUGCGCUCUUCGCAUCCGCGACGAGCGUGAGCCAAAUAACUUGUUUCGAAGCGUUCCGUACUUUCGCAGCCCGGAGAGUUGGUCUGUUGCAGUUAUUUGCGCCCCGCGGCACUGAUUCGGCCCAGAGAGGCCAAACCUAUUGGUGCCUUAUUCGGCCGCGCUUGCAGCGCCUAGAGACAGGCAUUGGUGCCUUAUUCGCCUGUCAUUUGCAGCGCCGAGGCAGAGGAACAGAUGGACCCCGCCGCCAAGCCCACCAUCCUGACGACGCUGCGGCCGCCCGGCGACCAGUGGGCCUGCGCCGCCUGCACUUUAUUUAACCAGCCCGCGGCGACGGCGUGCGCCGCCUGCGAGGCCCCCCGCCCUUCGACGGGCGCGGGCCGCGGCCAGCGCCGCAAGAAGCCGAGGGUCGACGCGCCGCCGCCUCCGAAGCGUAGAGCUUCUCCCAAAGGUGCAGCUCCUAAAAAACGGAAGACCACUCCGAGUGGAGGCGAGGCCGCGCGCCAACGCCUCAACGCGCAGCUGCGCAAGGAGCUCGCGGCCGCAAAAGCGCCGCGCGCGGCCUUCUACGCCGCGCACCGGAGUUGUUUAGAGCCCUUCACGUCAAGCAAAGACCUCGACGCUCUGACGAAAAAGGCCCAGCCACUACCUGAUAGAGUCGCGCGCGUCCUCGUCCAGCCCGAGGCCAUCAAAGCUGAAUUAAGGGACUACCAGCUCCAGUCGCUCGACUGGCUCGCCGACCGCCACGAGCGCUGCGGCUUCGUCCCUUCUAUAUUGGGCGACGAGAUGGGUUUAGGAAAAACAUUACAAACUAUUGCGUAUUUGGCGUGGCUGCGCUUCGAGAAGAAGCUCGAGGGCGCGUCGCUCGUGCUGUGUCCUUUGUCGGUGCUCUCGACCUGGACCAAUGAACUGAAGCGGUGGUGUCCCGAGUUACGAGUCUUACGCUUGCACUCGUCGGACGUCGGCGAGCGAGAUCGAUUGAGGAAGGAAGUCCUCGAAAACUGCGGCGAGUACAACGUCGUCGUCACGACGUACGAGAUGGCCAAGAACGCCUCAUUACGAACGGCCCUCGUCCAGAAGGUCGUGUGGAGAGUUUUGGUGUUGGAUGAGGGUCAUGUGAUAAAAAACAUCGACACCGAGAUCGCACAGACGGUGCGCAAGAUGCACUUCUGUUCCGUGUUGCUGCUGACGGGGACGCCGCUGCAGAACAACCUCAGCGAGCUGUGGGCGUUGCUGAAUUUCCUGCAUCCCGAGGCGUUGCCGGACCGAACGCCCUUCGACAAGGCGUAUGACUUAGGCAAGGGUGUUGUGGACAAGUCCAUGCUCCAAGCCGCACAAAAACUAUUGGCAAAGUUAAUGUUAAGAAGAUUGAAGACGGACGUCGAGCGAGGCCUACCGCCGAAGCUCGAAACGGUCGUGAGCUGCCCCCUCGCGACGCAACAAUUAUUUUGGUACCGAGCUUUACUGCUCAAGGACCACGGGGCUUUAGCUAGAGUAGAAAAGGAUGACCAAGCGAAAGGCUCGGGCGGCGCCUACAAGUCUCUAUUAAAUCUACUCAUGCAGCUGAGAAAGACGUGCUGCCAUCCUUUUUUAUUUGCUGACGCGGAGGGAAAUCCAGAUGAGACGACGCUGGAGGAACUCGUGGCCGCGUCGGGCAAGUUGCGGGUGUUGGAUCGACUCCUGGUGAAGUUGCACAAAGCGAAGCAUCGGGUGGUGGUCUUCAGUCAGUUCGCCGCCAUGGUCGACGUCCUAGAUGAUUACUGUCGGUUAAGGGGCUGGCCGUUCUGUCGGUUGACGGGCGCGACGAAUCGGGUGAGACGCACCAUCAACGUCAAGGCCUUUAAUGAGGAGUGUUCUCCGUUAUUCUUAUUUUUGAUGACGACGCGAGCGGGCGGGUUAGGCAUCAAUCUCCAGUCGGCGGACACGUGUGUCUUGUACGAUUCGGACUGGAACCCGCAGGCCGACUUGCAGGCCAUGGCGCGGGUCCAUCGAUUGGGCCAGACGAAGACCGUGCAUGUCUAUCGGUUGUGUGCGGCCGGCACGGCCGAGGAGCGCGUCUUGCAGAGGUCCCAGAAGAAGCUGUACCUGAGCGAAGUCGUCAAUAGGGGCGACGACCAGAACCAGCAGCAGGAGUCCAUGACGGCUUCAGAAGUUUUGUCUAUGGUCAAGUUCGGUGCUGCUGCUAUAUUUGAUUCUAAGAAUCAAGCGGAGCCGUCCGACGCGGACUUAGAUGCGAUUGUCGACCGUUCCAGGACGGAGACGACGUCAGUAGGAAACCUCAAGGGCGAGCAAACGCACAACGCGUCGGACUUCGACGCGACCACGGAGGCGAUCGACACGCGGAAUUUAUUUGGGUUAAGGGUCGACGCGGCUCCACAAUCGAUGGCCGACGUGGCGUCCGCCUGGACGGAAGCGCUCGCUAGGAUGCCGGACAAGCGAGAACGCAAACAAAGGGUGCAGCUCGUCGAGUCCGAGAUCGGGCUCGUGCCGGUGCUCGGCGAGAACGCGUACGACCUCGAGAACGGCGAGGCGUCGGUCUUUGCGAGGGAAUUGAAGGGCCAGGACAAGGGCCGGUUCGCCGUGCAACAUCGGAGGAUGAUUGUGGCCGGUCGCGACUACAAGCACGACGACCGGUGCUUGGCCUGCCACGGCGCCUGUAAUGAUAAGGUCAAAAAGUGUCGCUUGUGCCCCGUUGCCUUACACUCGAAAUGCGCGGUCAACGGCGCGUCCGGCAAGGAAGCUCACAAUGCGACGUGGCAGUGCCCGCAGCACGCGUGCUCGGUAUGUGCUAAAUCUACCUCCGCCGCGGGCGGCAUGUUAUUUCGAUGCGAAGGGUGCGUCAAGGCCUUCUGCGAGGACUGCUUGCCUAGCGAUGUCGUCGUCGUAGGGGAGUCGCGGCGGUACCUCGCGCUCGGCGCGCCGAGUCAAGCCAUGGCGUGUUAUAUCCGGUGCUCGAAAGCUUGUACCGACCGCUUGGGCGCCGAGGACGCCCUGCAGCCGCCACCGAUCCAGACGUUCGAGCCCUUGGAUUUGAGUGAAGUGGACGCGCGCAACAAGACGCUCUUCGAGGAGUGCUCGGCGAAGGUCGGCGCCGGCGACGGUGGCGAGGACAUUGACGACAAUAAGCGGAAGGAGAUCCUUAAAUCGGUACGGUCUAUUUUAGUACAAGAACUGUUAGAUUGCGGUUCUGGCGACGAGUUUGGGACGGAGGGCGCGCCGCGCUUCAGGAUCCGCCUCCAGUUCCACGGGUCGCGGCACGCGGCGCCCUCGGGCGAGACGGGCGGGUUUAGGGGCGUGGCCAAGCGUAUCCUAGACGGCGUGAUCCACCGGCCGCGCGCCGUCGCGGCGGCACUGGAGGCGUUGAUAGAGGACGGCGAAUUAGUACUAGCGCCGGGAGGGACCUCAUACACUUCUGAAGAUAAGCACGACGCGCGCUAUGAUGCUGGGUCGUUACUAGAUGCAGUGAAACAACUUAGGACGACGCGCGUCCAGGCGCGGAACGCGGCGGCGUUGUCACUGGCGGCGAAGGCUUCAUCGGGUAUCGUGCAAGCCCUGCUGCACGACCCGGCGUCGGGCUACGCCAUCGACGACACGGCCUGCCCCGUCGUGCCGCGGAACCGCUUCGAGCCGGGCCGCAUGUGCCGGCUGGGCUACGAUUGUAGAGGAAGACCUAGGACGCAGGGCCACGUCUGCUACUUGUUCCCGACGAGAUCCGAGCGGGAACUUAUCCGGGAUGUACUGGGCUGUUUAGCGGGCGACGGGACGAUCGAAGUGCUGGAUGACCAGAAUGCCUUGAUCCCGGGCCCAUCUGUCGCCUUACGCUGGCAGGAGGUGAAGGGACUCCGAGCGGCUCGGACGGCGGCCGUCGCGAAGGCACUCGAGGAAAGGCGCGACGCGCGGCGGUCGCUCGUCGAGGAGCGCAAGGGCAGGGCCCUGGAAAGGGUCGACGGCGCGGGCUGGGCCCAAACCACGGACCUCUUCGGCCACAAGGGCGACAAGCGGGCCCAGGACCAGGCCUUACUGGAGCUCGUCGCUGCCAAUUCAUUGGUAACGGCGUCCACCCAGAAGCUCGGGACGCGCUACGCGCGGCCCGCCUACGCGGAGCGCUACCCUCUGACAGAGUGGGUCGACCGCAAGGACGCCAAGGGUAUCCACGGCAAUUAUAGAGGUGUGCACUGGGACCGCGGGGCCCAGCAGUGGCGCGCGCAGGAUUUACAAGGUAUUAGCGUGGGCUUCUUCGACGAUCUGGAGGCGGCCGCGAAAGCUAGGGACGACGCGGUGUUCGAUCCGCGGAACCCGGCGUACGCGUAUCGAGGCCGGGCCCAGCCGAACAUCCCGCGGGCCAACAGUCAACCGGUGCCGACGCUCGCGCGGCGCACGGCGCCCGUCUCGAGUUCGCUGGCGCCGCCGCCGCACGGCCACGUCUUCCCGGCGAACGGCCACGUCUUCACCGUCGGGCCGGGCUUCGGCCGUUCUUCUACGAAUGGCUUCGCCCUGCCGCCGUCAGCGUUAGAUCAACCCUACCGUUCGAACGGCCGGGCGCCGGCCGUGUCGGCGACGCCGCCGGCCAGCAUCGGCCCGGGCUUCGGCCGCUCGGAACCGGAGAACGGCGACGGCCCGGCGCCCUUCACGAUGCCGCCGUCGUGACUUCCCCUGUGUACCCGUGGUAUAACGUAUAUAUUUCGUGU